UAAUUGGAUCAUGGCUCAUUCUUUGUGAGGUUGUGGUUGGUUGGAACUAUUGUUUCUCUUAGAAGAAGUAAACCGUGGGACCAAAGCAUGCAGCUAGAUGGAAAUACUGAAGAGUCUCCUUCUUGUGUUGACAUGGCGCAGCUGAGGGAGUAAACAGAGGGUUCACGUUGGGCGAAAUUCAGAAGAGCGAGCUAUUAUUGGACUCGCAGUUCGUUUUAAAGGUGGAGGUGAGCAGCCAUUGGCCAGUUUGUCCGUAUCUGAUCACAGCAGCAGCAGCGGUGGAGUUGAGCUCUUCCUUUCGCAGCAGCAGCAGCAGCAGCAGCAGAGAGCUUAUUUCCAUCUGAGCUCAACCCGCCCACCUCCGCUCUCUGUCUGCCUCUCUGGGCGACAGUUUCUCUCUGUUUCGGUCUGUCUCCACCUCACUCUGCGGCUCAGAGAAGACGGGGCUCCACAGCCGCCGAGUCCUGCCGGCUUUAUUCUAGCACCUGCUCCUCCUCGAGUCGGAUACAUGGAGACAACUUGAGCGUAAAAAACUUUUUUUUUUUUUUUUUUUUCCCCCUUCUUCUUCUUUUUCUUUUCUGCGGAGCGCGCGCGCUUCUUUGGUCGUCUUUCUCAAGAAACUACCAGAACAUCUGUUGAUUUCCGGCGGACCUUUGGAUCAUCAUUUCAGGGCUGUGAGAGAUGGACGAGAACGGGAUGCUGGAGGACAACGAUGCGUUGUGGGAGAAGGUGGAGUGCAAGCGCUACGAGCUGUGUCGCAACAUCACUCCGGCGAAGCUCACUCCGUACCUCCGACAGUGCAAAGUGCUGGACGAGCAGGACGAGGACGAGAUCCUCAACUCCCUGCUGCUCCAGGCGAAAGCAAACCGCACGAGUCGUCUGCUGGACAUCCUUCGCACCAAAGGAGAGCGGGGAUAUGGGGCGUUUCUGGAGAGUCUGGAGUUCUACUACCCUGAACUGUACAAGUCGGUAACAGGGAAAGACCCAACGAGACGAUUCUCCACCAUCGUAGUCGAAGAGGGCCAGGAGGGUUUGACGCAGUUCCUCAUGAAUGAAGUGAUGAAGCUGCAGAAGAACACCAAGGUCAAGACCCUGCAGAACACGGAGCUCAGCAGGAAGACCCGCACGCUGGAGGACGAGUACAAGAAGCUGCGCUUGGCUAAUCAGGAGCUUCAAGCCUUCCAGCAGAGAUAUAACAAACUGAGAGAGGAGAGGAACUCCUUCAGUGACGAGCUGCUGAGGGUAAAGGAUGAAAACUACAAGCUAGCCAUGAGGUACGCCACGCUGAGCGAGGAGAAGAACAUGGCCGUGAUGAGGAGCCGAGACCUGCAGCUGGAGAUUGACCAGCUGAAGCACACGCUGAACAAAGUGGAGGAGGAGUGCAAGAUGGAGAGGAGGCAGAGUCUCAAGCUGAAGAACGACAUCGAGAGCCGACCCAAGAGAGAGCAGAUCUUCGAGCUGGAGAGGGAAAACGAAAUGCUCAAGAUCAAGCUGCAGGAGCUUCAGUCCAUCAUACAGCCUGGCCCCUUGCCUGCGUCAGACAAGGCCAUCCUCGACAUUUUGGAGCAUGACAGACAGGAAGCCCUGGAGGACAGACAGGAUCUGGUCAACCGCCUCUACAACCUCCAUGAAGAAGUUCGACAGGCGGAGGAACUACGAGAUAAGUACCUGGAGGAGAAGGAGGAGCUGGAGCUGAAGUGCUCCACCCUGCAGAAGGACUGCGAGAUGUACCGCAACCGCAUAGACACCAUCUCUGCUCAGCUGGAUGAGGUGGAGAAGGAGAGGGACCAGGCGUUUCGGGCCAGAGACGAGGCCCAGCAUCACUUCUCUCAGAGCCUCGUCGACAAAGACAAAUACCGUAAGCAGAUCAGGGAGCUGGAGGAGAAGAGCGACGAGCUCCACAUCGAGAUCGUCCGCAAGGAAGCCAAGCUGGUGGCGCUAGAGAGCCGCCUGCGACGGAUGUCCAAGGACAUUCCCCUGGACCAGAGUUUGCCGAGGGACAUGCCGUUGCCCAUCAUCUCUCACGCGGCCGAGGACAAACAAUGCUGGUCCAGCGACGAGUCACACGAGGAGAAGUGUCCGUCAGACGAGCCACGACUCAAACGCAGGCCCAACCUUAAAGCGGGGCUCCGAUGUAAGUCUCCAGUUUCGGGGCUCAGAGACAAUCCGAUCACCUCAGAUGCCAGCCAUCGUACCGUCAACGGAGAUUUCCUAGAGAUCCAGACGCCAAACGUCAACGGCAACAACAACUCUCUCCCUCCAUCUCCCAGUUUCCCAGUUUCUCCAACGUUCCCACUGCCCUCGGCUCCGUCAUCCCUACCGAACAUGUACCCCUGUGUGGAGCAGUGCAGGCAAAAUAUGCUCCGUUACCGUAACGACAGCAUCAUGUCCAUCGUCCCAGAGCCUCCCGAGAAGGCAUCGCUGUACAGACGAGAGAGGGAGAAAGAAAACGACUUCCCGCUCCGCAGUCUCUCCGACUUCGAUAGCGACAACAUGGAAAUGGAGUGUGAAGAUGGCCCUAACUCUGUGAUCUCGUCGUCGUCCUCCCAUCAAUCAGAGGGAAUGGACACGUACGAUCUGGAGCAGGUCAACAAUAUCUUCAGGAAGUUCUCUUUGGAGAGGCCGUUUCGUCCGUCUCUGUCCUCCUUCUCCAGAAUCAGCUCCACCAUCAAGCCGGUGCAGGAGGUGGCGCUGCAAGGCGACAACCUCUUGAAGGACGUCACGCUGGUCGGUGGCAACGAGAGCGGGAUUUUUAUCGCGUCGGUUCAGACUGGGUCCAACGCCGAGAGAGCAGGGCUGCGAGAAGGCCACCACCUCUUGCUGCUGGAGGGAUCUGUAAGAGGGGAAAACCAGAGCCUUUCCCUGGACACCAGUACUCAGGAGGAAGCCCACUGGACGUUGCAGCACUGCUCUGGACCAAUCAAGCUGCACUAUCGAGCCAGUUUUGACUCUUAUCGUCGGCUCCAGAGCAACCUGUCCGAUGGCACGCUGGCAUCUGGAGACUCCUUCUACAUCCGAGUCAACCUGAACAUCUGUGGACAGUCGGACAGCUGCUCCCUGAACGUGCGCUGCGACGAGGUGGUGCACGUUCUGGACACCAGGCACCAGGGCCGCUGCGAGUGGCUGUGCGCCCGCGUCGACCCCUACAGUGGAACGGACCUGGCCGAGCACGGCACCAUACCCAGCAACUCGCGGUAGG